AUGUAAUUAUUAUUACCUUAAGAGAAUGAGAUAAAUAUAUAAACCAAAAUUAAAGAAAUUAACUAAACUAAUAAAAUUUUGUAAAAAGAAGAAAAUAAAAAAGUAUAAUAGCACAAUCAAAAUUCAGAAAAACAAUUAAAAGAGGAAUCUACAAAACCUUAAUUUUAAUAAAAUUUUUAAGACAAUAACAGUCACAAAAAGUUAUUCGGGUCAUUGCAAAAAGAAAUUUAAUAAUUGAAAAUAAAAAGUCAGAAUUUUACAAUAAUAAAAUAACUUCUCAAUUUGAAGGAAAAAUAGAUUUAAUGUAUAGAAUAUCAAUAUAAUGAUAUAUAUAAUGUAGUUGUAAAUAAUUUUUAUAAUUUUAGAAUGAUGUUCAAUAAAAUUAAAAUAUUGUCAUGGCUUCAGAAUCUUGUUUUAAUGAAUACAUUUACAGAAGAAGAUAUUAGUUCUAUCAAAUCUUUUAGAUCUAAAAGAAAUCAAAAGAAUAAGAGUUGUGA